UGCUAGGGUGGCCCAUGGGACCUUCCGACUUGAACUAUCUCUGAGCCCUGGAGAGAGAGAAGGCAAUGUUUCCCCCAAACAAGUCCAAGGCUUUUGCCUAGAGUUGCUUCUAGAACUUGGCCUUGUCCCUUUGUCCCUUAAGAGUGCCUCAGAUGUCUUGGUGCUCUGUCUUAAUGACAAUUCUAGUCAAUGAACAAAUAGGUGUCCUGCCUUGCAAACAGGGGAAGGAAACCAGACUUGGUCUCAGGAAGGAUAAAGGGAGGAGUAAGAAGGCUCUGGGGUGAGGUGCCGGGGAAUUUCAACAGAGAAGUCCAAAUUUCACUAGCCAAAACAAAACUAGCAGGACCAGAGGUGAGGAAGGAAGUGGCUAGGGUUGGGUAACUGGAGAGUUUCUCAUUCUUCAGUCUAGUAUAACAGGAGAUGUAAGAGGAGGUUACCAUCUGCUUGAAGCCUGAGUACCCUCCAGAAAGAGGUGCUGUUUGUAUAAGUUGGACUACUUUUUCCAGUGGAGAGAGAAUUGAAGGCUGAGACACUCAGCCUCCAUCAUGUGGAACACCUCUGAUGCCAACUUCUCCUGCUACCAUGAGUCUGUGCUGGGCUAUCGUUAUGUUGCGGUUAGCUGGGGGAUAGUGGUGGCUGUGACAGGCACCUUGGGCAAUGUGCUCACACUGCUGGCCUUGGCCAUCCAGCCCAAGCUCCGUACCCGCUUCAACUUACUCAUCGCCAACCUCACACUGGCUGAUCUGCUUUACUGCACCUUGCUCCAGCCCUUCUCAGUGGACACCUACCUCCACCUGCACUGGCGCACCGGUGCCAACUUUUGCAGGGUCUUUGGGCUCCUCCUCUUUGCUUCCAACUCUGUCUCCAUCCUCACCCUCUGCCUCAUUGCACUGGGACGUUUCCUCCUCAUCGCCCAUCCUAAGCUCUUUCCCCAAGUAUUCAGUGCCAAGGGGGUAGUGCUGGCCCUGGUGGGCACCUGGGUAGUAGGCGUGGCCAGUUUCGCCCCACUCUGGCAUAUCUAUAUCUUGGUACCUGUAGUCUGCACCUGCAGCUUUGACCGCAUCCGAGGCCGGCCCUACACCACCAUCCUCAUGGGCAUCUACUUUGUGCUUGGGCUCAGUAGUGUUGGCAUUUUCUAUUGCCUCAUCCACCGCCAGGUGAAGCGAGCAGCACAGGCACUGGACCAGUACAAGCUGCGCCAGGCAAGUGUCCGUUCUAACCAUGUGGCUGGGAUAGACGAAGCCAUGCCCGGUCGUUUCCAGGAGCUGGACAGUGGCCUGUCAUCGGGAGGGCCCAGUGAGGGGAUUUCAUCUGAGCCAGUCAGUGCUGCCACCACCCAGACCCUGGAGGGGAACUCAUCCGAAGUGGGAAACGAGGGCAAGAGCAAGAUGGCUAAGCAAAUGGCAGAGGGAAGUCCUCCAGAAGCACCUGCCAAGGCCAGGCCAACCAAAGGAGCCCAAAAAGCCCAAGACUCCUCGUCAGAGUUUGGGAAGGUGACUCGGAUGUGUUUUGCCGUGUUCCUCUGCUUUGCCCUGAGCUACAUCCCCUUCUUGCUACUCAACAUCCUGGAUGCCAGGGUUCAAGCUCCCCGGGUUCUCCACAUGCUUGCUGCUAACCUCACCUGGCUCAAUGGGUGCAUCAACCCUGUGCUCUACGCAGCCAUGAACCGCCAGUUCCGCCAAGCAUACGGCUCCAUCCUACAACGAGGGCCCCAGAGUUUCUGCAGGCUCCGUUAGGACUAUACCUCCGGCCACAGAACCCAAGACUAUUUCUUCUGGAACCAAAGUGGCCAGCUGGCAUGGGAGUAGGUGAAAGUAAGACUUGUGGACGUCACAGAUUAUCCUUCUCCUCAAAAAGGCCAGGUCCCUCCAUGAUUCUUUCAGCCUUAGGCUGCCCAAAGAACAUUAUUAAUAAAUUAAUUCUUGGCUUUUAA